AUGGACGGCACCGACUGGCACCCGAAUGAAGCACCAGGUGCCAACGGCGCCGCGCAUCCUCCCAGGGUUGACCAGGGUCCCUCUCUUCAUGAUACGACGCCGUCAGGUGAGGAGGAGGGGGGGGAGGACUACGAGGAAGAGUAUGACGGCGAGUCUGAGGACCGGAGCAUUGUCUAUCAGCUGCGCCGAAGAGGGCUGCUGCCCACCGGCUGUUGCUACGACGACCGCAUGAAGCUGCACUACAACGCCGACUUCACAUCGCAUCCUCACCACCCGGAGGACCCUCGCCGAAUUGAAGAGAUUAUCAAGGCCUUCAAGAAGGCCGGGCUCCUCUACUCCGGACCAGAAACCGAAGUCGCGAGGAUCACGCGGGACGCGCCGACCAAGUACAUGUGGAGGAUCGCCGCGCGCGAAGCCAGCAAGGAAGAGAUCCUCACCACGCACACCCCAGACCACUUCACCUGGGUCAAGAGACUAUCGACCAUGUCCUACACGGAACUCCGCCAGACGAGUCGGGUCAUGGACCAGGGCCGAUCUUCGCUUUAUGUUGGCAGUCUGUCCUAUCCGGCAGCACUUUUGUCAUGCGGCGGCGCCAUCGACACCUGCAAGCAGGUCGUGGAGGGCAAUGUGAAGAAUGCAUUUGCCGUCAUUCGACCACCGGGACAUCAUGCCGAAUACGACCAACCGCUGGGGUUCUGUUUCUUCAACAAUGUACCCGUGGCUGUCAAGAUCUGCCAGCGCGAAUACCCCGAGCUGUGUCGCAAGGUCUUGAUUCUCGACUGGGACGUCCAUCAUGGCAACGGAAUCCAGAACAUCUUUUACGAAGACCCCAACGUCCUGUACAUCUCCCUCCACGUCUACCAGAACGGCAACUUCUACCCUGGCAAGCCGGAAAACAGCCAGGUUCCGGACGGCGGCAUGGAGCACUGCGGCACCGGUCCCGGGCUGGGCAAGAAUGUCAACAUUGGCUGGCAUGAUCAGGGCAUGGGCGACGGCGAAUACAUGGCAGCGUUUCAGAAAAUCGUCAUGCCGAUCGCGCAGGAAUUCAACCCGGACCUGGUCGUCGUGUCGGCCGGGUUCGACGCCGCCGACGGGGACGAGCUGGGGGGUUGCUUCGUGACCCCGCCGUGCUACGCGCACAUGACACACAUGCUCAUGUCGCUGGCAGAUGGCAAGGUGGCUGUCUGUCUGGAGGGAGGGUACAACCUGAGGGCCAUCUCCAAGUCCGCCGUCGCCGUGGCCCGGACGCUGAUGGGAGAGCCCCCUCCGAAGAUGGACAUUCCCAAGGUCAACAAGGAGGCGGCAAGAGUGUUGGCGACGGCCCAGGCUUACCAAGCGCCGCAUUGGGAGUGCAUGAGGCCCGGCAUUGUGAAUGUGCCCGAUCUGCAGGACCUCCGGGCCACGCGCCUGCAAGACCAUAUCAGGCUCGGCCAACGGCAGGAGCUCGCGACUAGACACCAGAUGAUCCCGCUCUAUAUUCAACGUGAUGUUCUCUUCAAGGCAUACGAGAACCAAGUGCUGGUGACGCCUACUUUGCAACUGGCUCGUCGCCUACUAGUCGUCAUACAUGAUCCACCUCAACUCGUCGCACAGCCCGAUGCAAUUGAUAAUCACCUAGAGUCUCAUAAUGCAUGGAUUGUCGACGGCGUCACAGAAUAUGUCAACUGGGCUAUCAGUGAAGGGAUGGGAGUCAUGGAUGUCAACGUUCCCAGCGCUGUGCCGCAUGAGGAUGACACGGAUCCAUUUACCGCUCGCUCUCCUGAGAAGAUCCUGCAGGCGCAGCUCCAGGAACUGGUCUGUUAUCUCUGGGACAACUACAUUCAGCUCUACGACAACGCCACGGACAUUUUCCUCAUGGGUGUCGGAAACGCUUACCUGGGCGUUAAACUACUACUUAUGAACAGAGACUGCAAAGAUCGCAUCUCUGGCGUGAUUAAUUUCGUCACAGGAACGCUCCGGCCCAUCAAGUCGGACGUCGACCAGGACCUCUCGGCAUGGUACAAGGAGCAUUCGCGGGUCUACAUCUCCAGCGAUCAUGCGUGUUGGCAAAACGAGGAUCUGACGCGCAAGGUGCAGAAGCGGCGCUUCGGGACAGUGAAGCGCAGUCCAGUGCAGGGACUGGGGAAGAUGCUGCAACACCAUGCCGACGAGGCCAAGGAAUGGAUUAUGGAGAUUAUUGAGAGAAACGCAGGAGACACGACAGAAGAAGACAAACCGGAGUGA